GUCAAAAAAGUUUGGUGACCCCUUACCUAGAGUAAUACAUUUUUGGGCGCUCCAGAAAUAUGUGUACCCGCCGUAUUAAUGCGGAUUCAGUAACUCAUAACUAAAUAUACACGCUCGAUGGCGGCUGAAUACGUCGAUUUGCGAUAAUAUGCCCUGGGGGCUAACAAGGUUGCUUUGCAUGAUCAAGAAGACAUGCGAUACUAGUCUAGCUGAGAUUGUUUCGCAUACGUGUAAUGAGCUACAUCUUUGUAUAAGACGAAUAACUAGAGAACUUUAGGUACUCAGGGCAGGCUACCUGUAAAAGGUAUAGGCAGGAUAUUCAAAGGGGCCGCUUUGUUAAGAUCGCAAGGCAUCUUUAUGCACGAGCCCAACGAACCACAAGGCCGAAACUGAUCGUUAUAUUUGGGGCUCGAAAGUACCCAAUCAAUUAUAUAGAAAUGAUGAACUUGAACUACUUCGUCUAAAAGACUCUAAAUAGACGUCUUUCAAGUGUUAUAAAAAUGAUUUCAAGGAGAAAUCAAAGAAGACUAGUUGGAUGGUUUUUACUCGUAAUGAUAUUUCUAUGUGCGAAUUAUUUCUUCAAAGAAAAGAUACUGUCCAUCCAAGUGUUUAACAAACAAACUCCAGGUGAUUUCGAAAACGUCGCUAAUAAAAGAAAUGCGCAGAAUGAUGAUGUGGCAAACUUUGCCAAAUCUCCGCUGGUGAAAAAUGCGAGAUCAAGCAUCGUCGUAUACAACCGCGCACCUAAAUGUGGAAGUAGGUCCAUGAUGUAUGUGAUAUCAGAACUUGCGGUAAGGAACAAUUUUACCGACUACGAAUCAAGGAAUUAUUCUGCAAGAAAGCUCGAAGGCGAAGAGUUACAGCAUCAAGUUGAUAAAAUAGCUUCUUUGCGGCCUCCUGUCAUAUACAAUAGACAUUUAAAUUUCAUUGAUUUUCGAAAAUAUGGCUAUAAACAACCCAUAUAUAUUAAUUUGAUUAGAGAUCCACUAAGUAGAUUCGUUUCUCAUUAUAAUUACAUGAAAUAUGGCGAUGAAGUAGUAGAAAGAAAAAUGCCAGAAGGGUUGAAAGAGAAUAUAAACGAUUGUGUGAUGUUAAAUCACUAUAUUUGUCGCGUACAUCUCGCGAUUUACGAAUGGAUUUUUUUCUGCGGGAUGGAAAAUACAUGUAACGUUAAUACCGUAUAUCGCGAGAAGAGAUUCGAGAUUAUAAAGGAACACAUCGAGAAAGAAUAUCUUAUCAUUGGCAUAAGCGAAGAGUUCGAAAACAGUUUGAAACUUUUCGAAAUAUUAUUGCCUGAGUAUUUUACUGGGGCUUCAGAUAUAUGGAAAAGGCACAAUGAAACGCGAAGCAAAACAGCUACAAAAAAGCACGAUAUACUAACCGAGGAAGCAGAAAACAAAAUGCGAAACGUUAAUCUUGUUGACUCAUACAGACUUUAUAAUAUUGUGAAGAAAAAAUUCAAUCAACUAAAAGAAAAGUAUGGGAUAAAAUAAAGUUUACUAUUAUAUAUUUCAUGACCUAGGUCAGGGGCGGGCAGCCCCUGGCACGCGUGCCAAACUUGGCACGCGAGCGAGGCCUCGGAAACGAGAUCAUUCUCCUUCAGAUAAAAAGAUUCAAGACUCUGAAUUAUCUGAUGAAACUCGGUGUUCAUUAAUUCAUUAUUGUUUGUUAACAAUCCGUUAUUUAAACUCUUUUUGACAUAUGGCAAAUAUAUUAUAACGUAACAAACGUAAUAAAUUUUGUCGAGAAGAGCACAACAUUCAUUUGGAUACAUUCUAACGUAAUAUAGUUCGUCUGUGCAACCCUUUUUCUUCAAUUCUGCUUGAUUUAUGAAGUUGUACACUCAUGUAGGCUACAGCACAUGUUGGUUAGUGUUAAUUGCUAUCUUACUGUUAUAAAUUGAUUUCGAAAGAAAUAUAAGCGAUCAGGGAAGGGAAUACAAGAGAAAUGUGCAGAAAACUAACUAUUGCUUGAUUGAGAUGCCAUUCCAGAAAAUUCUUCGUGUCCUAAAAACUUUGCAACUGCAUUACUUUCCUUGUUUUUAUCUACAUAUGCUUGUUAAUCUGUUCUCAGUUAUGAACAUUAUUAAGUCUCGUAUUAGGAGUAGCCCGAAAGAUGAAACCAGUAGUUCGGUAAAUUUAGCCGAUUUUGGCACACGAGCCGAAAAAGGUUGACCACCCCUGACCUAGGUCAUGGUGGUCCAAACCCAGGCCCGCGGGCCACAUGUGACUAGGGUUGCCAACCGUCCUUUAUUUCAAAGGACAAUACUUUAAUUAAGCUUUUCGGUCCUUGUCCUUUUUAGCAUUUAGAAAAUAUGCGAUUGUCCUUUAUUCUUUCCAACGUUGUUUUGCCCGAUAGUUAUAGCACUGUGCUUGAUAUUGUUCCGUUCUUGAAAAAUUGCCUCCGUUCAUGUAUUUGCAAGCUGUUAAUUAUUCUUUUCAAUUUCGCUUUGGGACGCCUGAAAUAGCCAAAGCAAUAACAAUUUUAUUAACAUUGCUUGGGUCAAUAUUAAAUAAACAUUAUA